UUGGCAUCAGCUAAUCUAACUUAAAUUGGCUGCAUUUAGUUUUUGUUUUUCUAUUAGCCGUUUGUCUUUCAAAUCCUAAAUAUCAUUCAUGAAACAUCAAGGUCAAACUUUUCAGUUUAUUAAUACCUGACCGUUUGAAUCAUAUAGCCUAGAAGUAGCAGCUUAAACACUCGAUAUCGUUUUUCUUCUCUCCCUUUCUUUUCUUCGGCUAGCUUUCUUCUUAGGAAAUAAACAGUCUAACACUGGGCUACAGGCGCUUGUUGUUCUUUGGCUAGCUUUCUGAAAAAAGUAAAAUGUAAAAAGAUAAAUGAACAAAUAAAAGUUUAGAACUCAGUGGAUUUUUCACUUGACAAAACAAUAGUCCAUUUCAGUGCAUGACUAGGUGAUCUAAACAGGUCGUACAGGCUCUGGGCGGAUUAAGUUUAUUUCUUCUCCUCUCGAUGUUCUUUUGUAGUAGUCAUACAUUGUCACAAAUGUAGGCCUCAAACUAGAUAUAUUGUGCUAUUAUUUAUUUAUUUAUAGAUUUACGUACUCCAACAGCAUGUGCACCCAUUUUCUUAAUCCUUCUGUUCUAGAGGAAGAAUUCACAUGAGUUACUUCCAUUAUAGUUGUAUCUACGUCUGAUUGUCUAUAGUUACUUUUAAAAUAGGGCUAAAGUUUUGUUCUGAUUCACAAGCAUUUCCCUUUUGCAUGAUUAAAAUUGAUAAUUGCUAUGAGGAACUAUUCAGUCGAGGAAAUCCACACAAAACAGUAUUUUGAGCAAAGAAAAAGACGACAACAACUGUCCUCUGGCUCAGAGAAUUGUCAUGAUGCAGCUGACACAGGCAGGGAACAAAAAGAGCAUCGGUCAUUGGAUAUUAUAAGUUUCCUAAAUUUAUCAACAAUUCCUCAAGAGAACAAAGCUGCUUACUCCAUUGAGGCCAAUACUUCAGUGCGGUCUCAUUUCAUGAAAGAGCCAAUUCCAACCCUUUAUAACAUAGAGACAUUAGAGAAAUCUUCUGAGUUUGAAAAUAAACAGCAAAAUGACAAAACAGGAGCUCCAUCCCGCUAUAAAGAGCAGACUUUAUCUCCAGUGAACAGACAUGUUAUUAGUGACCCCAACAAUGGUAAUAACGCUAAGAACAAAGUAGAUUCUCAAUCAGAUCAGGGGAAGAUAUCUGUUGAUCAAAGUCUUUCUAUAUUUGAUUUGCUUGGCGAUGAUGGAAUGGCUGUCAAAUCCGAAGGAAGUCCAAUGAAAGAAGCUCAUGUCGCAUUUUCAGUUGAUGGUUUGGGCAGAGUAGGAAUGGAAACACCAGCAUGUUCCCCACAGCACGCCAGCAGAAGCUAUGGCUUCUCAUCUUGCCUAGAAAGAAUGCGACCUUGGAACGCCUCUAAGAACACCAAAGUGUUGGAUGACUUUGAACUUGAAGGCGAUAUCAAAAUGCACUGUGAUGAUGGUUCUUUAAAUUAUUCCUUUGACAUCAUGGAUACAUGUGAUAACCCAAAGAAGAAAUCACCUUCUAAGAUCCAUUUCCGUUCCGUUGAAGAUUGCAAGAGAAAUGAACAUGGUGGCAGAAGUAUCUUUGAUGGCACGGAUGGAGAAAGAGAUGGAUAUGAAGGUGGAUUCAACUUCUUAAAUGACACCUUCCUUGGGGAGAUGGAAUGUGAUCUCUUCGAGAAGACUCAUUUUAAUGGCAUUAGUAGCAUUGCGUCUGAUUUGUUGAACUAUGAAAAGUAUGAUAUAUCAGAAAAUUCAUUUGACAGCCCCUAUCUACCAAAAAAGCGAGGUGCAGGUGCUACAAGAACAAUGGACAGAUCCAAUUUAUUUGAUCCGGUCGACUCAAGCUCGAAGCACCAUACCUUAGGAUAUGAUUAUGAUUUAAUGGCGGAUGUAAAAAGGAACCCAAAAGCCACAAGGAUUUCUGAUUUCGAAGAUAAGUUACACCAACCAGAUUGGUUUUACUUUAUGGCAGAUGACACAACAGACAACUUCAGCUUGUUGAGUGAAGAGUCAUGUGCAACCAGUGCAGGUGAUAUGAUUAGGGGCGAGGCAUUCAAUAGCACGCCAUUAAAUGCAAAUCCGAGACAGAGCAUGAGAAGAGGCAUGGAUGAUGAUUCUGGCCCUAGGAAUAGUUACAGUGUUGACAGAAUUUACUCCGCGGACCCACGUUACAAAGUCAGGGACAAAGAGCAAAAAGAGUAUGUGCGGAAAUCAAAUUCAACAAAGUUCAAGCCAGUCCAUAACUCAAACUCUCCUUUCAUGGACAAACCACAGCCAUUUCAAACCUGGUCGUUUGAGAAAGAAUGUAACUUCAGCUCUCCAUGUCAAAGUCCAGUAGCAGAUCGUCCAUUCAGAGGCUCUAUGCGUUGGAAUGAAUAUCCCUGCGCUGAGCCUUCUCUUCCUGAAUCCUCCUUCACAAACAAACACGUUGAAACUGUUCCUCAUCCUUCUAGCAGUUCAACCAAAAGGCCUUCCUUUCAACCAUCAAAUAUAGCGACUGCUGUACUUGAGCGCAGCCUGUGUUCAAAUUCAAAAUUUGUAGGAACGUAUACAAGCAUGACAGAAACUACAAGUUCUGAUGGAGAAGACCCAAUUUCUCCUGUACUAUCAGCUCGGGGAAGUGUCGGAAUAGGCGAAAAAAGCGAAUCCAAAGUUCCAUCAUUAGGAAGUGAAAAAGUUGAUUUCCAUGAAGACAAAUGCACCAGAACUAGAAGCAAGAAGGUCUGUGUAGACGACACUAACAGAGAGUGGUUGGAUGAUUCGAAACAUGAGAAGAAAAAUUGUGAUAGCAUCAGAAAUAAAGCGGAAAAUGAAUCUCUGGUAGUGGAAAAUGUGGAGGCCUUCCAUGAUUCUGACCAUGUAGAAAACGACGGCAAAAUUGACAAAUUUAGCCCUGAUGAUAAAGUUUCUGUUCCAUAUUCUAAAGGAGAAAAGGAAGUAAAAGAUGUUAAGGUGGAAGGAAGAAAGACAAAGGGCAAAAGUUGCAGCAUGGACUCAUCUUCACAAGUGAUGAUGCUUGAAAGUUAUGUUCUUCAGCUUCUCUUCGUGCAAAAGGUACUUCUAAAGCAAGCAUCUUCUCAAGAAUUUAUGAAAAAUGCAUGAAAUUCUUCUCUUUGGUCAUUUUCAUUUACUCUUCAUCUGCUGAAAAUUUGAAGGUUUGUCCGAAUAUUACGUGCUUUUGCCUUAAAAUUUCUUGUAUUUUGUCGCAUGGAUUAGUUGGAUGAUAGAAAUUAGUUUUUUGGUUUCUUUUCAACAAAUUGAUAAAGACGUAGCUAGGCCUACUUUGGUCCACAAUCUCAAUUUCCCGCUAAACCAUUUUUUGUCAUCAAACAACAACAGCUCUGAAC